CAAAUCCUCCCUUCACGCCGUCAUGAUCAGCCAGAACUCUCCAGUCUUUCGCUCACAGGUCGCGGUACCCUUCAGGUCUCUCUAGCCAUUGCCAAUUUUGAGAAAGUCAAUUUCUCAACGCCCUCUUCUUUCUUUGGGCCCGUUGCACGAUCCGCCCGAUCGAGCUUCCCUCCUGCCUCGAGGCAAACUUCGACUUCAAUCCGACAACUACCAGUCUGCCGCACGUCGAACACGGGGAGAAAGUCGGCUCGUGCGACCUGAAAGCGCAAGAACGAUUCCUACGACACGAAUUGGGCUUUACCAUAAUGGAUACUGCCCGGCGCUCAUCGAGGGCUGCUCGCGCCAGCCAACCUCUACAAUCCUCUUCGCAUCAUUCCUCUACGUCUUCGAAUUCCUCUAGUCGCGGCGAUAGGCCUACUCGAACUCAUCAAAAAACAGAAUCGCCGCGAAAGUCAACGCCUUCUGGUUCACUGUCUUCCGAGCCUCCAGACGACACAAUCACGUCGGUCCCCGAGGACACCAUGCAGACACGACGAAAACGGGGUCGAGGUGACGAACGGGACAAAGCUUCAAAAGCACAAACAUCUCAGAUUGAGAUGGAAAAUGGCGCAGAGGCAGAGGACGGGGCAGAGGAUGAUGAGGCCGUUCGGUGCAUCUGUGGCCAUGAAGAAUACCCGGGCCCCCCACCACUUGGCGAUGAAGACACCAAGCUUGGGAUAAAAGAAGGCAUUGAAGAGAAUGUACUCAACCCAGCAGAUGUUACUGAGGACCUGGCUGGCUUCUUCCUGCAAUGCGACGUCUGCAAAGUGUGGCAACACGGCGGUUGUGUCGGAAUCAUGAACGAAGAUACAAGCCCCGAGGAAUACUUCUGCGAGGAAUGCCGUAAAGAUUUACACAAAAUCUAUACGGCUCCAAAUGGGCAACGAUAUUCUCAUUAUCUUCCUAUUUACCAAGGCGUGUCGCGAACUACAUCUCGAGCCGCAUCCUUCUCCAAAGAUGGCACACGAUCCCCACGAGGUAGUAAAAACGGCCGUCCAUCGUCGAGCGUCCAAAGCGCAAAGCGACGGUCAACCAUGAAUAGUAGGGACGCAGCAUACGACGAAGAAGAGCAGUUACGACGAGCUAUAGAAGCUAGUAAAGGAGAGAAAAGUGGCGAGAGCACCGAUGGCGGAACACGCCGAGCCAAACGAGGCCGUAGCGAUAGUGAAGAAAAGCCUGAAGGCUCAAAGAGACAACGAACCAUGUCUGCUUCUCCUUCGCCAUCCCACGAACGAAGUCAAUUGACUUCCCAGGCGGAUUCCGAUGAUGGUGCCAAUGCACGAAAUAAUGGUGCCAAGAAGAUAAGAGGAGCUGCCGCAAAGAACCAUAGAGAGAAAGAAUUGAGAGAAGAGAGGGAAAGAUCAAGACAAGAGGCUAAGAAGAAACGGGAAGGACGCGCAGAGCGUCGAAGAGUUGAUGAUUCGGAUCCUGCAGAGGAAUUACCACCACCGGAAGCCAAAACUACAGAAGUAGCUGCUCAACCCCUCGAUCCCCCAUCGUCUCAAGUUGCAACGCCUGAUACUCCUCCGCCGAAUCCACCUCCUGUGUCGCACAAAAAGGGCGGCAGGCCGCCGAAUGCUCGAAAGGGAAAGCUAGGAAAGAAUCAAUAUACGAAGGAUCUCCAAGAUAGCGAUAAUCAGUCUCCGGCCCGUUCUCAAUCCAGAGAUGUGCCUCGAGGUGAUGAUAAUAACACACUCUCUAACCACAAGGGUCCGGCACACGAGGUCAAACACGGAAAAUCGAAGGGUAGUGGGAAUAGCAAAAUCACCAUGACAGACAUGAAGAAACGCGUGGCAGCCAUCCUCGAUUUCAUCUCCAGAACGCAAUUAGAAAUGGCCGGCGGCGACGAACCAUUGCCGAGUGGUGAGAAGACGGCAGAAAAGAUGAUGAUGCAUGAACUUGCCGAGGGCCUUCAUCGCGAGGGCAUGCCGUCGAUACACGACAAUGGAGGCAAAGAGGAAGAGGCGAAGCAAGGCGAAGCAGGAGAUGCAACUCCAGCGAAAGAGUUCAAAGACUUGUCGUGCCUAGAGAUGAUGGAUGUUCUGACGAGGCAAUUGGUUAAGUGGCAAAAGGAGUUUACGUGACAUUUUAAGGAGCGUUCUUGACUGAGAAGUACUGACACGGUGGAGUUGCAUUGGCAGGCUGACUGGAGAAUGGGGCGCCAUGGGAAAUCAUCUUAUGAUACCUCUAUAUAUCUAUACCCUUCUUAAUAGGCUUUAGAUAAUCAAUGAUCAAUUGCAACGGGGGGAUUUUUCUGGAUAGAACGGAUACUCCUAGCCUUGCGCAUUCCAG